AUGGCCAGCAACAAGGUAGUCGGCAUUCUCGGAGGCGGCCAGCUGGGGCGCAUGCUAGCAGCCUCUGCAUCACUACUCAACAUCCCCGUCAUCAUCCUCGACGGUGGGCCCAACACACCCGCAAAGCAGAUCCUUGCAUCCCCCUAUCAUACCCACAUCGACGGCUCAUUCUCAGAUCCCAUAAAAAUCAAAGAGUUGGCGGCGAAAGUCGAUGUAUUAACGGUGGAGAUUGAACAUGUCGACGUGAAUGCCCUCGAUGAGGUCGAAUCGACAUUUAAGAAUGUGCAGAUCCAUCCAGCCCCCGGGACUAUUAGGAUUAUACAGGACAAGUAUAGUCAAAAGGAACAUCUGGCACGAAAUAACCUACCCGUGUCCGAUUUCAUAUCUGUCGAGUCGAGCGUGGAAGGUAUCAGCAGCGCCGCAGCCACCCUCGGUCUCCCACUAAUGCUGAAAAGCCGUACCCUGGCAUACGACGGCCGAGGAAACUACGUCCUGCGCGACCUGGCGCAAUCCCACGACGCGCUGGCCGCUCUGGGGGGCCGACCCUUGUACGCGGAAAAAUGGGUUCCAUUCACCCAGGAGAUUGCGGUUAUGGUGGUACGCACCACCACGGGUGAAGUAAGCUCGUACCCCGUGGUGGAGACGGUGCAUAAAGACAAUAUAUGUCACCUCGUUUUCGCCCCACUACGCACGCGCGAUCCAGGGCUUAUAAAACGUGCACAAGGUAUCGCAGAGGCGGCGGUACAAUCGCUCUCAGGAGCCGGCGUUUUUGGUGUGGAAAUGUUCCUUAUGGAAAAUGGCACGGUAUACAUCAACGAAAUCGCCCCCAGACCACACAACUCAGGACACUACACCAUCGAAGCCUGCGAGACCUCCCAAUACGAGAACCACCUCCGCGCAAUCCUCUCCCUCCCCCUCGGCUCAACCGCCCUAAAAGUCCCCUCAGCAGCAAUGCUCAACCUCAUCGGCGCCUCCACCUCCCUCUCCGAAAUCCAACAAACCACCUCAGUAGCCCUCUCCCUCCCCGGAACGUCCGUCCAUCUAUACGGCAAAUCCGAAUGCAGGAAAGGCAGAAAAAUGGGACACAUAACAAUAACAGCACCAAAUGACGCUGAGCUCCGCGCGCGACUCCGUCCACUCCUCGAGUCUCUACCAAACUCAACUGCAGACGAAGUGGCGCUCUACGCGCCGCUCCCACCCACCGCGGGCUCAGGGUUCCCCUCCCCCUCUCCCCUUGUGGGUAUAAUAAUGGGUUCAGACUCCGACCUCCCCGUGAUGCUCCCUGCUGCCCGUAUCCUGGAUGCAUUCUCCAUCCCUUAUGAGCUGACCAUCGUCUCUGCGCACCGGACUCCUGAUAGGCUGGUAGAGUACGCUAGGUCCGCGGCGGGGAGGGGUGUGAGGGUUAUCGUGGCUGGGGCGGGGGGCGCGGCUCAUUUGCCGGGAAUGGUGGCUGCUAUUACCCCCCUUCCAGUGGUUGGUGUGCCGGUUAAAGGGAGUACGUUGGAUGGUGUUGAUUCGCUUUAUAGUAUUGUUCAGAUGCCUCGCGGCAUACCAGUAGCAACCGUAGCAAUCAACAACAGCACAAACGCAGGGCUCUUAGCCGUCCGCAUCCUAUCCGCCGGGAUGCCGGAGUUGAUUGGGAAGAUGGCUGAGUACAUGAGGAAGAUGGAGGGCGAGGUUUUGGACAAGGUGGGGAGGUUGGAGGAGGUGGGGUGGGAGAAGUAUCAAGUUGGGGGAAAAUAG